CAAAUCAAAGGACGGGCUACUGACCAUGGUGCCUGCUGGUGCCGUCAAACGGACUCACGACAAAAGGCUGACAAUGUCUAAUGAAUCCAAUUUGCGGCUAUCGGACUCGAUUUUGGACGUCAGAUUCAAUGAUAAAAAUUCAAAGGUCUUAUCAGGAUUCCAGGUGGCAGGCUCUUGGUGGGGGGCAAGAGCUUGCUCUGUGAUGCUAUUGGCUGAUGACGCAUGGGGUGGGCUGACUGUGCCAUGAUUCCCCACACUGCCCAUGAAGGUUCGUUCCAGAGUCGAGAAUGAGAUGAAGGGUCCGAAAUACAUGAUCAUGGUAAAAUGGGAAUGGGUUGAAUCUGCAUACACUAUGGCGAGAUGGAAGGUGCUAAGAAAAUUGGAGACUUAUUCAGGGAGUAGGAGUAGCUCGGCGAGAUCGGUGAGACCGCGCAUGAUGACUCGGAACAAAGCCGAGGGACACCAACAACAGAAGAGGAGCAGCAACAGACGCUUCUCAGUGGAAAACGGCAUCGCCAGAGAAUGCAGAUGUGUUGCAAUAACAGACUGGAUAAAUGAUUACAGCUCUGAGACAACAGUACCGGAUACCUGGCACGUGCGUUGCCCGCCGCCCAACCGUGAACUCCACGCAGAUGCAGGAUGUGGAAAUGUGCCCUCUAGAAAUGCCCACGCCGUGUGUCAACGUCAACGCCAAACCCCAAGUGCUGCCCAAAAAUAACCACCCAAGAACACCACGCACCCAUAUAUAU